UGGGACCAUACUGACCACGGUGGACCUGGUGACACUGCUGGGGAACAUGGUGGUGUUUAUUUGCCCUGCUUUGGAGAAGAAAUUGAGAACAUUGACCUACAUGUUCAUUCUAUCCCUAGCGACAGCAGAUCUAUUGGUAGCGUGUCUGGUCAUGCCCUUUAGCAUAAUCUAUGAAGUGACUGGAAUCUGGAUCUUUGGCCGUUUGUUCUGCAAGGUGUGGAUCUCAUUUGAUGUGAUGUUUUGCACAGCCUCCAUCGUGACGCUCUGUUUCAUCAGCUUGGACCGUUACUGUUCUGUGGCUACUCCUUAUCGCUACCCCAAACGUAUGUCCCGCAGCAGGUGCAUUGCCAUUACCAUCGCCAUCUGGGUCUACUCUUCCCUGAUUUCAUUCCUCCCUGUGAUGCAGGGUUGGAACGAAAUCCCGGGCGUGGACUUUGACAGCAACAUGAAGUGCGUGUUCGUCACCAACAGGAUCUUCGCGAUUGUGGCCUCUGCACUGGCCUUCUACAUCCCUUUCCUGAUCAUGUGCACCAUGUACUUCUUCAUAUACCGAGCCUCCCGCCUGAAGGCAGUACGAGUUACGUCGCAAACCCUCGACCUCCACUAUCAUCCCGACAGCAGGCGGCAAGAUAACCUACAGCUGGAGCACAAGGCCACCAGGACCAUGAGUAUCAUCAUAUCGGUCUUUGUGCUGUGCUGGCUCCCCUACUUUGCCUUCAACAUCUGCAUCGCUGUCGGUGGCUCACAGCUUAACAGUGCCACCAUUAACUCUGUAUUUAAAGUCAUCACCUGGUUCGGAUAUUGCAAUUCCACCAUCAACCCCCUGCUCUAUGCCUUCCUCAACCGGGAUUUUCAACGAGCCUUGAAGAAAAUGUUGGUCUGCCGGCGCUGGAGGGUACGGGUCGACAUCGGAGAUGAUAUGGUUUCCAUAGUGACCUUCACCAAAACUGUUCAGGGUGCAGAAUGCAGUGUAAAAAGCAUGGAUAGUUGCCAAUAACAACAUGGAGCAGAAAACACAGUCCCUUUCACCUGCCUUAGGACUUCUCAAAGCAUGCAGCUACUAAAGUACUUUUGAAGUGUAAUCAUUGUAAUUUAGGAAACAUAGCAGCCAUUUGCAUAUAGCAUGUUCCCACAAACUGCACUGUGGUAAAAGCUAGGUUGUCUGUUUUAGUAAUGUUGGUUGAGGGAUGAAUACCACCUGGGAUCCUGGAGAGAAUUCCAACGCCCUUGUUCAACAUAGUGCUGUGGGAUCUUUUGUUACCGCAAGAGGGGACAAAUGGGGCCUCGGUUUAAUGCCUCAUCUUAAAGACAGCACUUCCAACAGUGCAGAACUCCUUCAGACUGAGACUUCAGAUCAUGUGCUCAAGCCUCUGGCUUAACUUCUUGAAGUGGGACUAUGAGCCCUUGACUAACUGACUGGGAAACAUGAGUGCCACCAUUGAACCGUCGACACUGACAAUAUAUAAUGGAUUUGGGCUGUACUCAUAAAUGUACUUUGUUCUUCAAAGAUUUCUUGCAUCAAAUGUUGGCUGUAAAGUGAUCCUUAAAGCUAAACAUAACACCAAGGCCCCGGUAAAGAAGCUGUCUCACACAC